UCAAAAACAAAACACAAUUAAUAAUUUAUAUUAAAACUUAUAAUCAAUAGUAAUAAAUAGUUUUUUCAAAAAUGAUUAAAAUUAAUGUAUUCGGAGAGUUAUUGGUAUUGAUGUGUAUUUCAAUCACAUAUGUAUGGAGUGAUUGUACCAUUUCUAUGGAGGCCGCAGACAAAUGCGGCAUGAAAUCAAUGAUUUUUGGGAACCGGGAUAUGAAUGCCCCGACAAACGACGCCGAAUUGGACGGCUUUUGCGCUCAGCUCCGAAAGAACGGCAAAUGUGUUUCAGAUUUCAACGACCGGUGCCUUAAGGGAAACAUUCAGUUGGCCAUCAAAAUAGCGCUCAAAAAUGGCGAGAAGUUUGUGGACAAGCGGUGCAACGCCGGCAAAGAUCGCACAGAAUUCCUCACUCAUAUGAAGUGUUUGUCGCCGAAGGAGAAGUUGGAGCCCUUCCACCUCUGCUCCGACAAACAUCUCGUUAUGUUAAGCAAACUGAAAGAAGUGCCAAAAGGCGAUCGCAUCGCCUCUCUCUGCUGUAUCACUCAUCUCUCGCAGGACUGUCUCCGACAGAAGUUUAAGGCCAUCUGCAGCGAAGACACCGCCAGUUAUUGGGACGACUCCUGGAAUGAACUCGUGGAAGAGAAUAUGCAGUUUGCCUGCUCCAACUUUCCCAAUUUGGCCAAAUGUGACUCUGAUAUGGACGCCAAGGUAUGGCAGAUGAUCAAAGACGUGGCCGCCACCGAUGACGCCUCGAUUCUCGCACAAAGACAUAAAUUCAAGUCUGAGAUCUCGACAGCCAUGGAGUUAAUGGAAAUGUUUGAAUAAAUUGAUUCAUUCUAUGGUUGGCAUAAUCUCUCAUCAAUUUGCUUAAUGUUUGAUUAUAUCUAACUUUUAUUUUAUGGUUAAUUAAUAAUUUCUGAACUAACGCACUAUAUGUGGGCACAAUUUGUUAUAUU